AUGUCUGCAGAUUUAUACACAGAGGCGGACAUUGCCAACUAUGGCAUUGCCACUGACCCCCUUGAAGGCACUGAAGAGGCAGAGAAAAUAGCUAAGGAGUUUAAGAAAGCCAAGAAAGCAGAUAUCGCCACUGCAAAGAUUAGACAGAAGAUUGAGGCUCUGGACCAUGUCGCACUUAACAUCGCUGUAACUGGAAAUACGGGUGCAGGGAAGUCGACCUUUGUGAACGCGUUAAGGGGAAUGACCAACGAUGAUGACGGGGCUGCUGAAACCGGAGUCACAGAGACCACUAGGCAUCCUGCACCGUAUCCACAUCCCACAAUGCCAAACGUAACCCUGUGGGAUCUGCCAGGUAUAGGCACUCCCAACUUUAAAGCCAAGACGUACCUGUCCGACGUGAAGUUUGAGCGCUACGACUUCUUCAUCAUCCUCACCUCAGAGAGAUUCAAAGAGAAUGACAUAAAGCUGGCCAAAGCGAUCAGAAAGAAGAAACGACUCUUUUAUUUCGUCCGCUCAAAGGUUGACAAUGACAUCAGUGCAGAAAGCAAAAGAAGAGGCUUCCAUCAGGAAAAUAUGCUGUCAAAGAUCAGAGAGGACUGCAGGAAAAACCUGAAAGGCGUUGGAAACCCAAAGGUUUUUCUCAUCUCCUCCUUUGAUUUUCAGUUGUAUGAUUUCAACCAGUUGGUAGACACUCUGGAGAAGGAGCUUCCUGAUGCCAAGAAGCAUGCCCUCAUCCUGUCUCUGCCGGUGUACUCAAUAGAGGCCCUACAGAGGAAGAGGAAACACUUCCAGAGGAUGAUCUGGCUCACAGCCUUUGGCUCUGGUGCUAUAGCUAUUGUUCCUCUUCCAGGGAUGACAGUGGCCUGCGAUUAUGUGAUUGUCAAUGCAUUUUUUGAAAGUGUCUUCAAAUCUUUUGGCCUUGAAGACACAUCCUUACAGAUCCUUGGCUCGAGAGUGAAAAUGGACUGGAAAGACCUGAAGGCAGAAAUGAAGUCCAGGUUUAAAGAUGGGGCCAUAUCUGAGGCGGUGAAGUCUUACUUCACAACUCCUUCGAUGGCAGCCAUCAUGACGCUGAAGACACUCAUGAGCUCCGUUAUCCCUUUAGCGCAGCUACCAGCUGGUGCAGUGUCAGUGCCCAUCAUGCACUAUCUUCUCAACCGAGGACUCAAGGAAAUGGAAGGGGAUGCUAAAGCUGUGCUGGAAAAGGCGCAGCUUCACCACGUGUAGACUCCAUAACACUAUGCUGAUGGAACUGACUGCACCGUAUGCAGUGAGUCUGUGGUUUACAGACGAUGCUUACGUAGAAUUUCUUUGUUG